UGCAUCACAUAUCAUCUCACUUUAGUUCUCUGCCUCUUUCUCUCUCUCUCUCUCUCUCUCUCUCUCUCUCUCUUUUCAUAUUUACAUUUAUAUUUGCACAUCAAUUGUGGUGUGGUUGAAGAAGAUGAAGAAGGCGUGUCUUGCUGUUGCAGUCUGUAUGGUGAUGGUGGUGCUUUUGGGUGAAGUAGGCGUGACAACUGCCGUGACAUGCAAGGCUGUGGAGCUCAGCUCAUGUUAUGCGGCCAUCACGUCGUCUCAGCCGCCGUCGAGUCAGUGUUGCAGUAAGCUGAGGGAGCAGAGGCCUUGCCUUUGCGGCUACCUCAAGGAUCCAAACCUCAGCCAGUAUGUCAAUUCUCCCGGUGCCAAAAGGGUUGCCAGCGCCUGUGGUGUGUCCACCCCCAAAUGCUAAACUCCUAGAUUUCACCACCAUGCAUGCACUCAAUGAGUAAUUGAGUACUAAUAUAUAUAUAUAUAUGAACUAAGAAUAAUGUUUUGCUACAUACAUAUAUAUAUAUGUAUGUGUGAUGUGUAAUCCUUGUUUUAUAUAUAUUGCAAAUGGUCUGUGCA